CAGCACAAAGUCAGAACCAAAAGCAGAAAGCCCAUAAAACAAACAAAAAGAGUUGCAGCAUUUUCAGACUCCUCUCUCUCUUUCUCUCUGCCCAAACACGAACUUCAAAGGCCAGCCAUUCCCAUAAACCAUCUUGGAAUCCACAAUUCGCUUUCCGGGUUAUUGGGUUCCGGAUCUGUCACCCAAUUCACCAACACAACUCUUUGUUCUUGGGUUUCCCAAACAUCCCCUCCUCCACUUCUCUAUAUUCCAUUCCAUUGUCUCUACAGCCUACAGGGAACGAGACUCUCUGCACUCUCCCAAGCACUCCAUUUAUAUUAUACCAAACUUCAAGUGUUUGUCUCUAUAGAAUACUUUUGCAUGGCGGGAAAUCCACCACCUGAGGGAUUAGGAGAUGAUUUCUUUGAGCAGAUCCUGGCAGUGCAGCCGGGCUAUUGUGGUGGUACUGGUGACACCGGUGGAGGAGAGGUGGUGGGAUCCACCAUGCCCAUGAUGGGUUUGCAGUUGGGGACUCCUGCUGCUGGUGGGUUGAGGACUAAUAGUAUGGGAAUGAUGCCUUUAGGGCUGAACUUGGAGCAUCAUGGCUUCUUGAGGCAACAAGAAGAUGGUGGUGGUGCUUUGGAUAAAAAUAAUCACACCAACAAUAAUGCUUCUACAACUUCUGGAAUCAAUGAGAGAGAUUCUGUUCACAUUGCAAGUUUGUUCCCAACGUUUGGACAGUUGCAAACUCAGUCAAUCCGCCCUACACCGCCACCUCCACCACCUGGUCCACCUCAGCUCCACCAGCCAUUCCAUGGUCAGCCAACACCAGGAGCAGUUUCUGCUGUAUCACAGCCACCUGCCAUUCGCCCGAGGGUGCGAGCAAGACGAGGACAAGCCACAGACCCUCACAGUAUUGCUGAGCGGUUACGUAGGGAGAGGAUUGCAGAGAGAAUGAAGGCUUUGCAGGAGUUAGUUCCUACUGCCAACAAGUCAGAUAGAGCAGCCAUGCUUGAUGAAAUUGUGGAUUAUGUGAAGUUUCUAAGGCUCCAAGUGAAGGUUUUGAGCAUGAGCAGACUGGGUGCAGCAGGUGCAGUGGCUCAGCUUGUAGCUGAUGUUCCAUUACCAUCAGCUGAGUUUAAUGUGAUUCAAGGGAGAAAGCAUGGAAGGGACAAAUCAGCAAGAUUGGGAGAAGUGGUCAAAUGAUGGAACUGAGCAACAAGUAGCUAAGUUGAUGGAAGAAGAUAUUGGUGCUGCUAUGCAAUUCCUUCAAUCCAAGGCACUUUGCAUCAUGCCCAUCUCACUUGCGUCGGCAAUCUUCCUAACUCACCCACCAGAUGCACCAUCAAUUGUCAAGCCUGAAUCAAACACUCCAUCAUAAACCUUCUCAAGGGGUAAGCAUCUUCACGUGCUUAUCAAUCUUUCCCAGCAGGCAUCUGGGUCCCAUUGUUACAGCAAAACUGGGUUGAAAAACAAAUCAAAUCCCAGUCGGUGCAACUGUUGCUUAUCUUUUUUACUUGUUUUGUCAAAGGAGUCAUUUUCAUGUCAAGGAAGAAAAAUCACUGGCACUUGGUUUUAUAUGUGUGGUCAAGGCAAACCAAAGUAUUCAAACGCUCCAUUGAUGUCCUCCUGGUUUUCAAUAUAUGUGGUGGGGUUAGUGGAGAAUUGACAAAAAAAUAUUAGUACUACUGAGAACUCUCUCUAUCAUUUUCUCUUUUAGAUAGUGGCAGCGUAGGGCCCUUCAAAAGGGAUUGAUGGGUAUUGUGUGUAUGAUGUAUUUGAAGAACUUUGUAUGCAAGUUGAAAUAGAUUAUUGUAGCUUGUCUUAUAAGUGUUGGAAGCU